CACCAAUCUUUGGUUCUUCUUUGACUAGAUUCGAACGAGGCAAAGGAUACUUUAGGAUCGUUCGUAAAGAUGUUGUGCCGGGAUUUUUGAAAUUUUUCAAUUCUUUCUUAGCCGCUUUCAACUCGGCCUUUAACUCUUUAACUAUUGCAUUGAGAUUUUUGGCUUUGGAUCUUGAGCUUGGCUUUGAAGAAAAAGAUGAUAUAAGAAAAGACUAUGGAGAUGGUGCCAUAGAAGAAGACUGUGAGGAUAAUGCUGUGGGAGAAGAAGAUUUUGAGGAUGAUGCUAUGAAAGAAGAAGACUUUGAGGAUGAUGCCGUGGGAGAAAAAGACUAUGGAGAUGAUGCCAUAGUUGGUAAAAAACAUAGUUGA